UGGUCUAAAAAUUGAGUCCUAUAAUGGUUAUAGUAGAAGACUAGAAGUAGAACCUCAUAAUCAUAUCAUCUUCUUUCUCUCUCUAUCUUCCUUUCUCUCUCUUCUGUCCAUCUCUGUGGGCUUCCAUGGCGUAUCACAAUCACCUCUCACAGGACCUUCCCCUCCACUUUUCUGACCACCAACAACACCACCAAAAUCAGCCUCUCUCUGAUACCUCUCUGCGUACCAUUCUGCCGGACCAGCUUGCCGGCGGUCACUCCUCGCCGGACCCCAAGUCCCACCAUCAUCAUCACCAUCAUCCGCUGCAGACAGCGCCGAAUUGGCUCAACAACGCACUGCUUCGCAACCAAAACCCCCAUUCUCACUACUCUACCGACACCGUCACCACAGCCGCCGCCGCCGCAGCCGCCAAUACCAAUUUCCUCAACCUUCACACCACUGCAUCGGAUUCCACCGUCUCUCACUCCUCAAACCAAUGGCUCUCCCGUCCGAUCCUCCACCGCAACCAUAGCGAUGUCAUCGACGAUGUCACCGCCUCCGCCGGUGAUGCUAUGAUCGGUGCCGCUACCGCCGCGCUCUCUCACGAUUCCGGUGAGAUGAAGAACGACGCUAAUAGCGGCGAUGGAAUGAACAAGAGCGAGGGUAUGGUGAUGGAACCUAGCGCCGGUGGAGAGGGGGUUUUGAAUUGGCAUAAUGCUCGUUAUAAAGCCGAGAUUCUCACUCAUCCUCUUUACGAGCAGCUUCUCUCCGCUCAUGUCGCUUGCCUUCGCAUCGCAACACCCGUCGAUCAAUUACCGAGGAUCGACGCCCAGCUCGCUCAAUCUCAGAAUGUCGUCGCUAAAUACUCCGCUUUAACCCACACCGCUCCACCGCCCAUGGUUGGCGAUGACAAAGAGCUCGAUCAAUUCAUGACGCAUUAUGUUCUUUUGCUUUGUUCUUUCAAAGAACAGCUCCAACAACAUGUUCGUGUCCAUGCAAUGGAAGCUGUAAUGGCUUGCUGGGACAUUGAGCAGUCCCUUCAAAGCUUAACAGGAGUUUCGCCCGGUGAAGGUACGGGAGCAACGAUGUCGGACGACGAAGACGACCAAGUCGACAGCGAUGCAAAUUUAUUUGAUGGGAGUUUAGAGGGUCCAGACACUAUGGGAUUUGGCCCUCUUAUUCCCACAGAAAGUGAGAGGUCCUUGAUGGAGAGGGUCAGGCAAGAGCUGAAGCAUGAGCUAAAAUCGGGUUACAAGGAGAAAAUUGUGGAUAUAAGGGAAGAAAUUCUGAGAAAGAGGAGAGCUGGAAAACUCCCCGGUGACACCACCUCUGUCCUCAAACAAUGGUGGCAAUCACAUUCAAAGUGGCCUUAUCCUACGGAGGAAGACAAGGCAAGGUUAGUGCAAGAAACUGGUCUGCAGCUGAAACAGAUAAACAAUUGGUUCAUCAACCAAAGGAAGCGAAACUGGCACAACAAUCCUUCAAGUUCUACCAACUUGAAAAGCAAACGCAAAAGAAGUAAUGCAGGUGAAAACAGCAGCGACCGUUUCAAAUGACUUGUUUCCAACAAAAUCAUGUUCUCAACACUUUGCUGCAGCAGCAUAUAAACCCCAUACUGAUUAUUUUACGAGCAUUGAAGGUAUUCAUUUUAAGCUUGCAAAACCAACGUACGUAGUUAUUGCUUUGACCAAAGAAGUUAGGGAUGAGAAAACGGGACGGGGACGGGGACAGGGAUGGAGGAAUAUAUGCUGUGUCGCAGGGGCACACGUAAAGAUCGAAAACGUGCUUUCGACUUAAAAAUAUGAAGAAUGUGUUAAGGGUUUUUUAUGAUAUGAUUAGAAGUUGAUAUUAGGAGUAUAUUAGUGGAAAUGAAUUGGAUACUCCAUUGGAAUGGAGUUGUGAUUUUUGUUUAAGCUUCUUCAUGUAUGUGAAUAAGAUGGGUGUACAGUUUUAAUAAUCUGUGCAUUGUUCCUUACAAUAUAUAAUACAUCUCAUUAUAGCUCCCUUUUAUAUA